CUCUUUAAGCCCGCUGCAUCCAUGCAAAUUUCAGUUUUACGGUAAGAGCUUUAUUUUCUUUGAAAAUAAUUCUAAUUGCUAAGAAUGCAAUUUUCGAAUAAUCAAUCGAGCAUACGUUGAUAAUCAUCUUUUAUCGAAAUUUAAAUCACGAAGUACGAACGUUCAGCUGGUAGGCUACAGUGGAGUURACAUUUUGGAUUGAAAUUCAACUUGAGGCAACCAACAGUGAUUUUUGAAGUUUUGACUUGAUAUGGCAAUGACCGGGUGUUUUCAAGCCCUCGAGGGUCAAACAAGGUGAUGAAUAUUUACGGUUUAUAUUGCUAGUCUACAACAUGAAUUAUCUCGGCGAACAGCUUACGAAAAGAAAAGAAAAUGACGGUCUACCAAGAACCCCUACUCCGCGACGUCGUACACUAGAAGUGAUCCCGGCAAGACAGCGUCAGAGGAGUCUGUCAUUAGAUGCGAAAAUCGUUCUUAACUGGGCAGUUAGUAGAAAUGAUUUAGAUACUGUUAAAGGACUUAUAGAGUCAGGAGCACAAGACGUUGAUAUAAACGARCCUGGAGUUGAUGGUUUUUAUCCUUUACAUCGCGCUGCGACUACGGGAAGCAUGGAUUGUUUACGCUUCUUAAUCGACAAAGGAGCAGCAGUGGAAGUGUUUGACAAGGAUGGACUAUCGCCGUUGGAUGCGGCUGUAAGCGAGGGAGAAUAUGACUGUGCUUUAGUCUUAAUCAAAGCUGGGGCAAACAUCAAAAACAUUAAAUACGGUUUUAUCGACGAUAAAUCUUUAAAACCAACGACACGACUUGCUUUACAGAAGACAAUAAAACAGCUUCAACAGAAGUAAUGACAUGGAAUAACGAAAAAAAUGGAAAAAGGACCAUCUCUCAUCGUCGUUUCAAACACAAGACAAUAAACAUUUUCUUUUUCUAAAUUAAAAUCCGUAGUAGUCAUAWAAUCCUACGUUAAACUUGUUAGUGUCAUAACAGAAACUGAAAAAGUGGGAGAAAAUGUUAGAUGUUAAUAACGUGAAGGAUCCGUCAUCUUUGCGAUGUUGUUUUUCGCUCUUCAAGUGGCUUCAAUAAGUGUUGUUCGUCAUUUUAUUAUCUUGCUUUCCUCAUAAGCGAUAUUGCUAUACAAGACAUGACCUUCGUUUCUUUUAGCGAGCCUUUUCCCAUUUCCAGUGACCCCACAAUACUAAUUAGUGAGGAUGAAACGAUUUGAAAUUUCUUUAUUGAAAUAGCAUUGAAUUACACCAAAACACGCGCGCGCUCACUCAAGAUAGAUUGAAAAUUCUUCAUAUUGAUAAUAUUGGCAUGACUUUAACGAAUUCAACGAGGCCUUUGAUCUUGYAUGUAUAGUCAUGCUUCCUGCUGGCGCCGCAGACUUGACAAAUUGGAACCCUAAUGAGGAAUUGCGCGAAUACCAUAAGUGAAUUGUCAAGCGUAGAUCAAGAAACUUGAAACGUAGCGAUAGACUGAUAGACGCUAACUAAUGGAUCUAGUCUAAACUCUAUGACAGUUUGAAGUUAUUGAGGUCAGUUAGACGCCGAAGUUUCGUCGGAAAAUCAUUAUGUAUUCAUCAUUCUUUUGAAUCUAUGUUUGUAACACCGAUCCUUUUGUUUAUAAAAAACAAGACGACUAAAUGUAUUUUAAAUUGCGGCUUCUAACAAUUCAGUUACCGAAUAUGAAAUGGAAUAAAAGUCGUUUYUUAUUCGUUUGAAAUUCGGAAGUGUUUCGUCAAGUUGUCGUAUUUCCCGUGAAGGAUCCGAUGACAAUCAAUAAUACGACAUCGAAGAGACAUCAGGGAAACAGUUCCCUCAUAACACAAUUAUAAACACGUUUAUACUAAAAGAAUUCCGGGUGAUAUUUUGGGUCAUAUUGAAAUACCACACAAAAACUAUGUAAUCAUAAUUUUAACAUAUAUGGUCAGAAGACCUCAUACCGUAAUCGCAUUGGACUGAUUACAAGGGUUUCWAUAAGAAAAAACAAGAAAUGUUAGUUUUACUGUCAAAAAAAUCUAAUCUAAUUAAUGUUCUCAACRAUAAUCCAAAGAUUAACCUCCAAAAUGUCAGUGGARAUCGCUGGUUUUGACAGCCAAAAGUUCACGUUUUUUCUCCCACUUUUUCUAGAGAUUAAUCAACGAGAGAAAUGUUGUAUUUUUGUGACUGGGCUCACAUUUCUUUCACUACAAUGUAGCCACAGACAAUCGCAUGGAGACCUACCAUUGUAGACCAUUCAUAGAGCAAGCUGACUCAUGAAAUAUUUGUAAUAGACAGGCAAAAAACA